CCUAUAUUCUAGUUCAGUUCACGAUGGCUUCUUUCACCUGCUCCGCCUCCGACCUCAACACUCUCCUCGGCAGUGGUGCAAAUUCCACAGCCGCUGCCGAAUACAUCUGCAACGGCUUUAAUGCCGUUGCAAACAAAUUCAUUGACACAACCUAUGCCGUUGACAACACCUACCUUCUCUUCUCUUCUUACCUUGUUUUUGCCAUGCAACUCGGUUUUGCCAUGCUUUGUGCAGGUUCCGUUCGUGCCAAAAACACCAUGAAUAUUAUGUUAACCAAUGUUCUUGAUGCAGCCACAGGCGGCAUCUUUUUCUAUAUUUUCGGGUUUGCCUUUGCUUUCGGCACACCUUCUAAUGGUUUCAUUGGAAAACAUUUUUUCGGUCUUAGUGAUUUUCCUUCUCAGUCUUUUGAUUAUGGAUAUUUUCUAUAUCAAUGGGCUUUUGCAAUUGCUUCAGCAGGAAUCACUAGUGGUUCAAUUGCUGAGAGAACACAAUUUGUUUCUUAUUUGAUUUAUUCGUCUUUUCUAACAGGUUUAGUUUAUCCGAUUGUUGCUCAUUGGUUUUGGUCUGCUGAUGGUUGGGGUAGUCCGGUUCGGUCUGAAAAUCUUUUGUUUGGUUCCGGUGUUAUUGAUUUUGCUGGUUGUGGUGUCGUUCAUUUAGUUGGUGCAGUUGCUGGUUUUUGGGGUGCUUUGAUUGAAGGACCAAGAAUUGGUAGAUUUGAUCAUGAAGGUAAGGGUGUUUCAAUGAGAGGACAUAGUGGUACUUUAGUUGUUAUGGGAACAUUUUUACUUUGGUUUGGUUGGUAUGGUUUUAACCCUGGUUCUUUUCUCAACAUCUUGAAAAUUUAUGGUGAAAGUGGUAAUUACUAUGGUCAAUGGAGUGCUAUUGGGAGAACAGCUGUGACAACUACAUUGGCUGGAUGCACAGCAGCACUCACUACUUUGUUUGGGAAACGUUUGCAAACAGGUCAUUGGAAUGUUACUGAUGUUUGUAAUGGUUUGUUAGGUGGUUUUGCUGCUAUAACUGCAGGUUGUUCUGUUGUUGAUCCUUGGGCUGCAAUUAUUUGUGGAUUCAUUGCCGCUUGGGUUUUGAUUGGAUGCAAUAUGUUAGCUGAGAAGUUUCAAUAUGAUGAUCCUCUUGAAGCUGCACAACUUCAUGGUGGGUGUGGUACUUGGGGGAUUAUUUUCACUGCUUUGUUUGCUAAGAAACAAUAUGUUAAGGAAGUUUAUGGCGGUUCUCCUGAUAGGCCUUAUGGUUUGUUGUUGGGAGGUGGUGGAAGAUUAUUGGCUGCACAUUUGGUUCAAAUUUUGGCCAUUGUUGUUUGGGUGAGUGUUACUAUGGGAACCUUGUUUUUUAUUCUUCAUAAAUUGAAUUUGCUUAGGAGUUCACAUGAGGAAGAGAUGUCUGGAUUGGAUUUAACUAGCCAUGGUGGAUUGGCUUAUGAGUAUCAUGAGGAGCUUGAAGAACGGCGUCCCAAGAAACGUGGAAUUGAAAUAUGAAGGAAACUAUAGAAGACUCUUUCUUCAUUGUGUUUGUGUUUGUGUUUAAAGUGAGCAAGUAAAAGGGUGGGUAAAUAUAUCCCUUAUUUCUCACUUUAUAGACAAAUUCAGUUUAGAAAAAGUUCCAUUAGUGAAAUACUAGUGUU